AUGGUUAAAGUCACUAUCGCAGGCGGUUCUGGGCCCGUUGCCAGAGAGAUCAUCGAUGCGCUUCUUGUUACAGGUCAACACGACAUUACCAUUUUGAGCAGACGAGAUCCUUCGAGUAAUGAUGCUGUUCCGGGAACCACCUGGCGUACUGUGGAUUAUAGCAACCAGAGUGCCUUGGUGGAAGCUCUCAAGGGAACCCACACUCUGCUCUCUUUUCUUCAGAUCAUGUACGAAUCAGGACAAGAAUCACAGAAACAGCUGAUUGAUGCGGCUGUUGCUGCUGGUGUCAAGCGUUUUGCACCCAGUGAGUACGGAAGCUCGGGAACCGCUCACAUGUCUUGGUAUGGCGGGAAAGAAGUUGCGAGAGAUUACUUGCGAAAGCUCAAUGCAAACGGAAAGGUUCUUGAAUAUACCCUGUUCCAGCCCGGCCUCUUCUUGGACUACCUCGCGUCGCCGUAUCAAACAGCAAAGCACGUUGCUCCUUUGGAUAGCUUUAUCAAUUAUGAAAAACUCCAAGCCAUUGUCAUUGACGGACACGAGGACGUUACGAUCACUUUGACAACAGCGGCUGAUAGCGCUGCAGUUAUUGCCAAAGCUAUCGACUCCGACAAUGAGUGGCCAGAGAUUAGUGGGAUUCAGGGUAACCGAGCCACUCUUUCCCAGGUCAUCAAGCUUGGAGAGAAAGUCCGAGGUCGCCCUUUUACUGUUACAAAGGUUCGGCUCGAUGAUCUCAAAGCUGGAAACAUCAGUAUCCCGUGGCGCUUUGAGAGGACCCAUUCAGCUAUUAAAGAGGAAGACGCGCAAACCAUGGGGAAAAUCAUUGUGAUUGGCAUUUUACUCAGCAGUCUCGACGGCGGAUGGGAUGUGUCUGACGAGCUGAACCAAAGGUUUCCUGACUACGAAUUUACCAAGAUGGAGGAUUUCCUUUCAAAGGUGUGGAACGGAAAGCCAUGA